AUGAGGGCCACAGGGGGCACAUUUUUAUUCAAAGGUCCUUGGUUUGCAAACAUGGACAUAUUAUCAACAGUUGAUCCAGCCAACGUGCACUACAUCAUGAGUGCAAAUUUCAUGAAUUUUCCCAAAGGUCCCAAAUUUAAAGAGAUGUUCGAUGUUUUAGGUAAUGGGAUUUUCAACGCAGACUUGGAUAUGUGGAAGGUUCAGAGGAAGACGACUCGUGCCCUCAUCACUCACAAUCAGUUUUACAAGUUUUUAGUCAAGACUAGUCGCGAUAAGGUGGAGAAAGGGCUAAUCCCGGUUCUUGAUCAUGUUUGCCAGAAGGGUUGUAUAGUGGAUUUGCAAGAUUUGUUCCAAAGGUUCACUUUUGAUACUACUUGUAUUUUGGUCACGGGAUAUGAUCCUGGAUGUGUAUCUAUAGAUUUCCCUGAUGUUCCCUUCUCGAAAGCUAUGGAUGAUGCUGAAGAAGCCAUUCUUUUUCGCCAUGCAUUGCCCGAGAUAAUUUGGAAGUUACAAAGAUGGCUUAAAAUUGGAGAAGAAAAGAAGAUGAUUAGGGCUCGCAAAACAUUGGACUAUACUAUAGACAAAUACAUAUCCAAGAAGCGUGAAGAAUUGAAGGAAUUAGGCAACUUGAAAGAAAGUGAAGAGGGAUUUGAUCUUUUGACAUUUUACCUCAAAGAAGAGAAUUUGGGAGUUAAAUGUGAUGACAAGUUCUUGAGGGACACUAUACUGAAUCUUAUGAUAGCAGGGCGUGAUACAACUAGCUCUGCUCUCACAUGGUUCAUUUGGCUUGUGUCGACUAAUCCACAAGUGGAAAAAAAGAUUAGGGACGAAAUCAACUCUGUUAUCCCCAAUGAGGAAGUCGGAAAAUUUAGGCCUUUCAAUGUCCAAGAAUUGAACAAGCUUGUUUACUUACACGGUGCAUUGUGUGAUUCUCUAAGGCUAUAUCCACCUGUGCCAUUCCAACACAAGGAGCCUCUUGAGAAAGACGUACUCCCAAGUGGUCACAAAGUUCAUCCAAAGAUGAAGAUCAUGUUUUCAUUGUAUGCGAUGGGGAGAAUGGAGUCGAUUUGGGGGGAAGAUUGUUUGGAAUUUAAGCCAGAGAGAUGGAUUUCGGAACGAGGGACGAUUAAGCAUGAGCCUUCAUAUAAGUUCUUGGCUUUUAAUGCUGGACCAAGAACUUGUCUUGGUAAAGAAGUGGCUUUCACUCAAAUGAAGGCUGUGGCUGCUGCUAUUAUUCACAAUUAUCAAGUUGAACUUGUUAAAGGGCACCCUGUUGAACCAAAUGCUUCUAUUAUUCUCUAUAUGAGACAUGGUUUUAAAGUUAUGAUUAAUAGGAGGUGCCCAUAA